GUAGCAGGUUGUUCCCAGUGCCCGGCCAGUGGUACAACUGCUGGAGCGACAUCGUGCAGCAGCCGCCGCCAGUAAACAGAGCAAAGAGGGGCUGAGCGGCGCUUAUUUAUUUGCCACAUCUUCUCUCCUCCUCCUCCCACGGCCGGCCGUUCUUCUUUGAAAUUAAAGGGAAAGCAAGGCGCGCAUUAGCGGCGCGCCAAAGCUGCUCGCGCCGCCGCUUGGCUGCUGCUUCUAGUCCUGGGCGCGCAGCGGAGCGCAGGCGCCGCCCCUGGAGCUGCUGUUCUCCCUCCUCCCAGGAAGGCCGCCGCGAGAAGAGGAGGAAGCAGCAGCAGCGGCGUGCGCGGGUCUCACGUUUCCCUCGGGGUUGAGGUACCUCGUCAGGACGCUGCAAGCGAGCGCAGCAGCCAUCCGGGGAGUCGACGGCGACACAGAGAAAGCAUGCCUUGCGCCCAGGCGCCCGUGCCCCGGCCGCCUUGCCGUGCCCUUUAGCCGGCGCUGCUGUUACUGCUGCUGCCGCCGCCGCCGCCGCCGCCACCGUCCCGAGAUCGCGAGCUCAGCCAAGGCAGGAGGAGCUGCCGGGCUCCGUGCGGGAGAAAGCGGCACCGCGCGCCGGGCCGGCUGCAAGCAGCUCUCCAGGAGAAGAGAAGCUCGCUCGCUUUCCGUGCUGUUGGUGCGGGGAGCGCAUUAGGUGUUGGAGAGGAGGAGGAAGAAGAAGAGGAGGACGGCGGGGCUUGCCUCCCCUCCAUUGACACAAGCGCACGAAGAGAGAGAAGUGCAAUAGAGACAAGGUGGAGGAGACGCGCUCUCGCUCGCUCUCUUUUAACCCCUCCGCUCCGAGCCCGAGACGGACGACUUUGCAAGGUUGCAGCCGCCUCCGCCUACCAAACCGCCUUGUGCUUUUUUCAAAACAAUUUGGCUCUGUCCAUUUGCAAACGGCUGAGAAAUCCCCCUAAACAUGGCGAGUGAUUCUCCAGCUCGGAGCCUGGACGAGAUAGAUCUAUCAGCCUUAAGGGAUCCUGCAGGCAUCUUUGAACUCGUUGAACUUGUUGGCAAUGGCACCUAUGGGCAAGUCUAUAAGGGUCGCCAUGUCAAAACAGGACAGCUUGCAGCUAUUAAAGUCAUGGAUGUCACCGGGGAUGAAGAGGAAGAGAUUAAGCAAGAAAUUAACAUGCUAAAGAAAUAUUCGCAUCACCGAAAUAUUGCUACUUACUAUGGUGCUUUCAUUAAGAAGAACCCCCCAGGAAUGGAUGAUCAGCUUUGGCUGGUGAUGGAGUUUUGUGGUGCUGGCUCUGUCACUGAUCUGAUCAAGAACACAAAAGGGAACACUUUGAAGGAGGAGUGGAUUGCCUACAUCUGCAGGGAGAUUUUACGGGGUUUAAGCCAUCUCCACCAACAUAAAGUAAUCCAUCGAGAUAUUAAGGGACAAAAUGUUUUGCUGACAGAAAACGCAGAAGUUAAACUAGUGGAUUUCGGAGUCAGCGCUCAGCUUGACAGAACAGUUGGCAGAAGAAAUACAUUCAUCGGAACUCCAUACUGGAUGGCCCCUGAGGUUAUAGCCUGUGACGAAAACCCUGAUGCCACUUAUGACUUCAAGAGCGAUUUGUGGUCUUUGGGGAUAACAGCCAUCGAGAUGGCAGAAGGAGCUCCUCCCCUUUGUGACAUGCAUCCCAUGAGAGCUUUAUUCCUCAUUCCUCGGAACCCAGCCCCCAGGUUGAAAUCAAAGAAAUGGUCAAAAAAGUUCCAGUCCUUCAUUGAAAGCUGCCUGGUAAAGAAUCAUGGCCAGAGGCCAACCACUGAACAGUUAAUGAAGCAUCCAUUCAUUCGAGACCAACCUAAUGAAAGGCAGGUUCGCAUCCAGCUCAAGGACCAUAUUGACAGGACUAAGAAAAAACGUGGAGAGAAAGAUGAGACUGAAUACGAAUAUAGUGGAAGUGAAGAGGAAGAGGAAGAAAACGACUCUGGAGAACCCAGCUCUAUCCUAAACCUUCCUGGAGAGUCAACAUUAAGACGGGAUUUUCUGAGGCUACAGCUCGCAAACAAGGAGCGCUCAGAAGCCCUUCGUCGGCAACAGCUGGAGCAGCAGCAACGUGAGAACGAAGAACACAAGCGGCAGUUGUUGGCAGAGCGGCAAAAGAGGAUCGAGGAACAGAAAGAACAGAGGCGGAGGUUGGAAGAGCAGCAAAGGAGGGAGAAGGAAUUAAGGAAACAGCAAGAGAGGGAGCAGCGACGGCAUUAUGAGGAGCAAAUGCGCCGAGAAGAGGAGAGGAGGCGUGCCGAGCAUGAGCAGGAAUACAUCAGGCGACAGUUAGAGGAAGAACAGAGGCAGUUAGAGAUCCUGCAGCAGCAAUUACUGCAGGAGCAAGCUCUACUUCUGGAAUAUAAGCGCAAGCAGUUAGAAGAGCAACGGCAGGCAGAGAGGCUACAGCGGCAGUUGCAACAGGAGCGGGAUUACCUGGUCUCCCUGCAACAACAGCAGCAGCAACAGCAGAGGCAGGACCAGAGAUCAGCAGAGAAGAAGCCCCUCUACCAUUACAAGGAAGGGCUGAAUGCCAGUGAGAAGCCAGCGUGGGCAAAGGAGGUGGAGGAACGUUCCAGGCUCAACCGGCAGAGUUCUCCAGCAAUGCCUCACAAGGUGGCCAACAGGAUAUCAGAUCCAAACCUGCCUCCUCGAUCAGAGUCCUUUAGUGUUAGUGGGGUGCAGCCUGCUCGGACGCCGCCCAUGCUCAGACCAGUGGAUCCACAGAUUCCACAUCUGGUCAGUGUGAAAUCCCAAGGACCUUCCUUGCCUGCCUCACAGUCACUGCAUGAACAACCCACAAAGGGAAUGGCUGGGUUUCAGGAGGCUCUGACGGUGACCUCUCACCGCACUGAGAUGCCAAGGCAGAACUCGGACCCCACCUCCGAAAACCCUCCUCUCCCCCCUCGUGUUGAAAAGUUUGACCGAAGUUCUUGGUUACGACAGGAGGAAGACAUUCCACCAAAGGUGCCUCAGCGAACUACUUCCAUCUCACCUGCAUUAGCUCGGAAGAACUCUCCAGGGAAUGGUAAUGCACUUGGACCUCGACUAGGAUCACAGCCAAUAAGGGCAAGUAACCCUGACCUGCGGAGAACAGAGCCUAUAAUAGAAAACCCCUUACAGAGGACAAGCAGCGGCAGCUCUUCCAGCUCAAGCACCCCCAGCUCACAGCCAAGUUCCCAAGCAGGCUCCCAACCUGGAUCCCAAGCUGGUUCUAGUGAACGUAACAGAGUCAGAGGAAAUGCCAAGCCCGAAGUUUCGCCCAUCCUCCCUCACGAGCCAGCUAAGAUAAAACAGGAAGACAGCAAGGACAUGACGCGACCAAGCCGACCUGCUGAUCUGACGGCCUUAGCGAAAGAACUGAGGGAGCUGCGUAUUGAAGAAACCAACCGGCCUUUGAAGAAAGUUACGGACUAUUCCUCCUCCAGCGAGGAGUCUGAAAGCAGCGAAGAGGAAGAGGAGGAUGGCGAAAGUGAAACGCAAGAUGGGACCGUGCCUGUCAGUGACAUUCCAAGGCUUAUCCCUACAGGAAUGCCGGGAAACAACGAGGCCUACAACCUAGGAAUGGUGUCAAGCCACGUUCUAGAACCGCCCCAUACAGAUACAUUUAACAGCAUUUCCAGAGAAGGGACUUUAAUGAUAAGGGAGACUUCUGGGGACAAAAAGCGCUCUGGCCACGCAGCCAGCAAUGGCUUUGCCGGCCAUGUCAAUCUUCCAGAUUUGGUGCAGCAGAGCCACUCACCUGCCGGCACACCGACUGAGGGUCUGGGCCGAGCCUCCACCCAUAGUCAGGAGAUGGACUCGGUGGCAGAAUAUGGAAUGGGAAGUAGCACAAAAGCAUCUUUCACUCCAUUUGUGGAUACCAGGGUAUAUCAGACCUCCCCUACAGAUGAAGAUGAGGACGAUGAUGAGGAAUCGUCUGCCACAGCAUUAUUUACCAGCGAGCUGCUGAGGCAGGAACAGGCCAAACUUAAUGAAGCAAGGAAAAUUUCUGUAGUAAAUGUGAAUCCCACCAACAUUCGUCCUCAUAGCGACACACCAGAGAUCCGAAAGUACAAGAAGCGCUUCAAUUCUGAAAUCCUUUGUGCUGCUCUGUGGGGUGUGAACUUACUGGUGGGAACAGAGAAUGGGCUCAUGCUGUUGGACCGCAGCGGGCAAGGGAAGGUGUACAACCUGAUCAACAGGAGGCGGUUCCAACAGAUGGACGUGCUAGAAGGACUCAAUGUCCUUGUAACUAUCUCAGGAAAGAAGAACAAGCUACGAGUUUAUUAUCUUUCAUGGUUGAGAAACAGAAUAUUACACAAUGACCCUGAAGUAGAAAAGAAGCAAGGCUGGAUCACUGUAGGAGAUUUGGAAGGUUGCAUACAUUACAAAGUUGUGAAAUAUGAGAGAAUCAAGUUCUUGGUGAUUGCCUUAAAGAAUGCUGUAGAGAUAUAUGCUUGGGCUCCUAAACCAUAUCACAAGUUUAUGGCAUUUAAGUCUUUUGCAGAUCUCCAGCACAAACCAUUGCUUGUUGACCUCACAGUAGAAGAAGGUCAGAGGUUAAAAGUCAUCUUUGGAUCGCACACUGGUUUCCAUGUUAUCGAUGUGGAUUCGGGGAAUUCAUAUGAUAUCUAUAUACCAUCUCAUAUUCAGGGCAAUAUCACACCUCACGCCAUUGUCAUCUUGCCCAAAACGGAUGGAAUGGAGAUGCUUGUGUGCUAUGAGGACGAAGGAGUGUACGUUAAUACCUAUGGACGCAUAACGAAAGACGUGGUACUCCAGUGGGGAGAAAUGCCCACUUCAGUGGCCUACAUCCACUCCAAUCAAAUAAUGGGCUGGGGCGAGAAAGCGAUUGAGAUACGAUCGGUGGAGACUGGGCAUUUGGACGGAGUAUUUAUGCACAAGCGUGCUCAGCGGUUAAAAUUUCUAUGUGAAAGAAACGAUAAGGUAUUUUUCGCCUCGGUGAGAUCUGGAGGAAGUAGUCAAGUUUUUUUCAUGACACUCAACAGAAAUUCCAUGAUGAACUGGUAACAAGAGGGCCCUCGGGUGCUGACUUUGACACCAAGAUUUUUUUAAGCUUGAAGAGCAUUGGAACGUGUGGACUAACACUGUAGAGGCAGGUGAAGAAGAUAAUUGUGGAACACGUUGCUUCCUUCUGUGAACACACUCGCACUCACGCAGACACGCUCCAAGAAUAUGACACACCUUUCUUGUUGUGGUUUAGGAAUGGAGGUUUACUCAAGGUCACAAGAAUGCAACACUGUAUUUGGGCAGAGAUGGACAAGUGCGCAAGAGGUUUAGCAGAAUAAAUCUCUUGGAAGUCUUCAGUUGAAACUGUGAUAGAGCUGUGGGUCACACAAUUUCAUUUUGUUUUUUAAACAUUUUCCUUGUCCCUCUAUUUGUACAAAUGGGGACAGAUCUAAGUGUCAAGCAGAGUCUCUGUUUUUAAUUUUGUCUGCCUGCUAGCAUCGGAUAUAUAGUAUGUUGUAAGGUUACCAAUUAAAACUGGUGAGAGACAGCACAAUAAAUGUAUCAUUUUAUCUUUGUGUUGGGAGGCUUUAACCAUAGAGAUGGUUAACUUUUGUAAAAUCGUUUGCCUUUUCCAACAUUUCUGUGUUAGUUUUGCAAACAGGUCGACAAAUUUCAAAUGAGAGAAUGAAUUAGAUCCCUCCCCCCCCCCGAACCCUUCCUUUUGGGAAAUCUAUUCUAAAUGGCUAACCGACUAGCCUUAGAUUAUAAUACAGUCAAGGUACAAAUAUAUUUUUCUUGUCAACCUGUCAGUCUAUACUUCGGUAUGGAUCUUCAUAUAAUGGUGCUCAUUGAGAGAAAUAGCAGUGCCAUCCUUGGCAAUCAUUCCCAACUUUGGCCUUAGCAUUUUCUUGCCUUUCUCUAAGCUGUAAUACGGAAAGUAUCAAUAAAAUUGCAGGUUGAGAAACAAAUUGAAAUAGAGCAAGAUUUUGAAGAUUGGCUGGAAAGUGUCUCUAACUGCAUCCAACUUGAAUGCAUUGAGCCUAGGUCCAACCUACUCUGUACAGUUGUACUUUGCUUUUCGGGGAAGGGGCGGGGAUGAUCCUUGUAGAUACUGGUGUGUGUUUUUUCCCUUCAUUAAAACCUCCAGGAGCCAACAGCAUUUAAUCCUUUGGAAGACGGAAGCCCCAAAUGUUGAUGGACAUUUGCCCACUUCCUUGUCUGAUGGUGUCCUGUUUUCCGAAUAUGAAAAAACUUCAUGAGAUCUUCAUCCCGUGGUGCAAAGAAUAGGAACAUUGCAAAAGUGAGAGAUAGCAGAUUGGAAGGACAGUUUUGGUGGCCUAGAACCUGACACUUAGUUUCAUCUUUCUGCCCGUCCCUCUUUGCUGCCCACCUAUAUAGUGAACACCAAUAUGUGUGCAGAUGUAUGUAUUUAGUUUGGGUUAACCUGUGUCCUUAUAUUCUUUGUUUGAAUUAUUUCCAGUUUUAAGGAAGUUAUGUGCAACAUUUCUACUAUCUACAAGCAUGGAUUCCCCAUUAGUCUAUGGAUGUAACAUGUGUUGCUGUUUUUAACCUACCUCAUUUUAUUUUUGUUUCAAUUAGCUUUUCCUCAUUAGCUCCAGCAGACACCCAGGGAGGUUGACUGGCCAGCUUCAAAGUACAGUGUCUUAAGUAAUUAACAGUGUUUGGCCAGUUCAGGCCUCUUUAAAAAGCAGAAAAGGACUCUCAUGCUGCCUUCUUCCAGUUUUUCCUUCAGUGGUUCCACAGUUCCCAUUGUACAGGCCAAUUGAUACCGCCAAUGGCCACAAUAUGCAUUGGCUGCCAGCAGAUUUGUAAUAGGGUUAGAAUCAUGCCAAUGUACGGCUGGCAUGAACCAGAGCCGUGUUGCGGAAGCUGCCAUAAUUCACCCAAUCACAUUGGCUCAGAAAGAGUUGCUGUAACUGUGCCAAUCCCAGGGGCUGUGUGUACAGCCCCCACAUGGAGACAUGAUCCCGGCUGGCUUGCCACAAUCUUCCUUCUUUGUGUGUUCAACCUGGAGGGAGCCCACAUCGGUCGCCUACCCCAUGCCCUACCUCACUACUUACUUAAUGAUACACUGGUGUAUCAGGCUAAGUUUGCUUCUCCGUAGGAAUUGAGCCCAGUUGGAGUCCUGCUAUGAUGCAGCUAUCCAAGACUGUCUGCUUGAACAGUGCACCCUUGUCUUGCUUCUUACAUCAAUUUCCCUUUAAGAUCUCCUUGUGUUUGGUGGCUCUCCCCAAAAAGAAAUGGGGCAGGGAGAAUCAUUGGCAUCCAUCUUCGUAGAAAGAUACCAUUUUUGUUACAAGCCCAGGAGUGAGGCUGCUAAGCUGGUUCCAGCCACUUGCUCCCCACUACAUUCACAAAAGGGGUAGAAUUAAGAGUUGUCUCCAAAGCUGUUCUUACACAGAGUAGACCCAUUAAAUUUAAUAGACAUGGCUAACUUCAGUCCAUUAAUUUCAGUGGGUCUGCUCUGCGUAAAACUUAGUUGGAUGCAACCAACUGGAUUUUUAUUUUUGUGUUUGGAAUCUGCAGCCCUCUUACAUUAACCUCUAAACAGCAAAUGACUAAUUUACAGUCUAAGUAAAUAUUUCCAUUAGCUAAUUUAAUAAGCCUAAUCUAUGCAUAAUGAAAAUGAGUAACCUCAAACAAUACACUUUGACCCCAUUGUUUUUUCAAAGCCUUUCCUUCCAACACAGACAAGCGUUCAUCCCGUGGUCUCGCUUGCUGCUCUUAGUGGCCUAUUUUUGGCACCUUCCCUCCUGAUAAAGCUUUUACCAAAUGAAUGGCUGAAUAUUAGUUGAUUCUGUUCACAACACUGGGAUUUAAGCAGACCCCACCAGAAGGCUAGUGCAGAGAAUUGCAACUGCAACACAGGGCACAUAAUUGUUUAUGUUGCCAUCUUACUGACUCCUUUACAUAGGUUAACAAGAACACAACCAGGUGACAGUUUAAUUAUUUGAGAGUUUAAUUAUUUGAUCUCUGGUCUUUGACCAGUCUUUUUUCUCCAGUUCCCACUCCCAGCACACAUGAAAGAAAAUAUUCUGGUUCUUUCCACAUUUCCAGUAUUCCAAUGAGUAAUUCGUAUUAAGCCUUUGUAUUCCGACAGGUCGUGUACCAUCUGCCCAUCAAUUCAUAACAAUUUUCUCUUAUCGUCGUUGUCAAUGAAAAUCUAUGUGUGUUUUUUGCUAAUUAAAUUUUUUAUUGAAUUUCACCAUUUUGUUUAACAAACUGACAUCAAAUUUAGCAUCAAAUUUAAUACACUUUAAAAAGUUGACUCCCCACCCUUCUUCCAUGGUGUUUUUAUUCUCAACCUUUUAUGCUGCAUUAUACUUUUAUCUAUUCCACUAUUCCUUCAUUGCAAUUAGAAUUAUUUUUCUUCCGCAGCUCAUGUUUCAAUCCUGCCCACGAUUCCAUUUAAUAUUUUCCAAAAUGUCCAAAUAAGGGUCUCAUUCUUCCAUAUGAAAUUCAUCACUUGAUCUCUUCUCUUGCUCUCACCUUUGCCAUUUCAACAUAGUCCAUUGUUUUCCAGAACUAUUCCCAGACUUCCACUGGGAUAUCCUCUCCAAUGUUUUGUGCUUCUUUUAUCAUGUAAUCCUUGAUCAUUUUGCUUGCCCUUUUCUGAACCCUGUUGGAGGUGCAGUAUCCUUUUAGAGGUUAGGCAAGCUGAACUGUACACAGUAUUGCAACUAUGCUCACACAAUCAAUUUCUAUCACAGCCUUAUGAUAGUGACAGUUUAAUUUUCAGUUCUUUUCCCCAUUAGUGUGUGAGUGAAGUUAGGCUUCGUUUUGCCCCGAUCUACAUUUGGUGUACACUGAAUCAUAUUGUCCAGUUUCCUGCCCAUUCACUCACUUUGGAGCACCUCACAAUCCCUUGAACAAUCCACUCCUUAUUUUCCCUGCAGUCGUGAACGCACAGAAGGGGAGCAGCGCCAUGUGUUGACUGUGCCCCUCUAGACCAAGGUCUGAAGGGAGAACAGCCUGCACUUGUGGCAGGAGUUGCAUGAAGUAGACCAGGCUCCCUUUCAGACCUUUGCAAGAUGGUUGUAGGUCAGAGGGCCAUAGCUGGCCACUGGAAUGGUGGGAACAUGCAUUUUCAGGGGCCUCCUGAUCUCCCUCCACACAUCAGUGCUCUACACAGAGUUCUAGAUACAUUCUAGCACAAGAACCUCGAAAUUGACAAAAGCCAUAAACUAGAUACUUAAACUUGCAAAGGUGGUGGUGGUGGUAACCCAAGAGACACCUGCCACUACAGAGUGAUAUAUUUCAAGAUUUGUAUGCCGCUUAGUCAUCAAAACCUUUUAAGUGGUAUACAUAAAACAAUAUGAGAUAUACAGUACAUUUAAAAUACCUAUUAAAUCGGAUGCUAAAAGCAAGUUGUUCAAAAUGUAAGUAUAAAAUAAGCAAAUAAAUACAUUUUAAAAAAAUGUCAAAAUCACAUGUUUGGAUAGGCUUGCCCUAACAAACAUGUUUUUAGGGAGUGCCAGAAACAGGCACCUGCCUAAUAACAUCAGUAAACAGGAAAUUCCAGAGCUUGGCAGAAACAUUGAUCCCUUGUAAGUGCAAAUCAAACAUUAUGUGACACUUUUCAAAGUACCAGAUGUGCAGAUCAAAGCUGUCAAGUGGGCAUAUAUGGGGUGAGGGGAUCCUUCAAGUUGUUGUUUUUUUCUGGAGGCAAUUCUAUACUUUAGUUAAACUGAUAGAGCAGAGCUUGGCAAUAUGCCCAAGCUUUUUAUGCAUAUUUCAAGCCAAGAGUUACUACUGAAGUAUCAGAAGCCUCUCACAUCUUACUAGUCCAGAACAGUGGAUCAACUAUCUUGAUAACAACAAUAACAACAACAACAUGGCAGUUAUUGGUCAAAAUGAGAUGCUUUCAGAGAAAGUGCUCUGAGUGAUCUGUCCUAUUCUUGUUCAUUAUCAACUUAACUUAUUUUAAUUAUUAAUGCAUAAAUAUCUGUAGCACCAAAGGGAAAGAAAUCUUUUCAAAGCUGUGCACAUAAAAUUGAAAGUUAAAAACAUAAAAAGGCAAAGAUCAGAAGAACAUAAAAAUUGGGUCAUGUGGCUGGGUAAGCUUGUGUAAAAAAUUAUAAUAAUAAGCUGGAAUCUAAAGCUAAACACGGGAUUGCUGUCUAAUACACAAAUGCACAAAACCGGUGGGUUUCUCCUAGAAAAAUAGCUGCCAGGACUGACCAUGAAGUUGUUACAGUAAGUGUCACACUUUUUUACAACAAAAAGCAAUGUACCCUUGAGUACCCCCUGGAAAAAAGCACUGUAUUCCAUAAUAUAGGCCUUACUGCUCCUUGUGGCUGCCACAGCAGACAGUUAGCAAGGCUUCUCCAGCAGAUCUCAAAGAAUGGUCGGGAGUGUAUGGAGAAAGGCAAUCUUCGAGGUAGGCUAUUCCCAAAUUGUUUAGGGCUUUAUGUGCAAACAGCAACACCUUACGUUUGGCCUGGUAGCAUAUUGACUCACAGCAGUCCAAGGUUACUUGACAUUUUGAGACUUGAGGAUAUCUUUUCUGAGCACCAAGAGCCAUGGAUAGAUCGCUCCUAUGGGAAUGUCUUAAGGCUUGAAACCGUUCUUUUUCUCCCCCUAAACACCAUUGGCCUUUCACAACUUUCCAUGCAAAAUAAGUUCCAACCAAUGGAGCUACAACCCCUGGGCAAAAACACUUUGACUUGGGUCGGUUUUAAACUACUGCCUCUUCAGCUGGCUUCUUCUGUUCCCUAUAUGCUCCUUGCAUUUCUUCCUACUGCUGUAAUGAGAGGACCACAUGGGGGGGGGGACCCACAUCUAUUCAGUACAUUAAAUUGAGCAAUAACAUUUCCAACUCAGUCAAGCCACUACUUGUAACUGCUGGGGACUGGUAGGAUGAGUAAGAACAAGCUUCAUGGCUAAUGGCAGCUGCCACCAGCUCUUUUAUGUCUUUGCUGUGGUUACCUUUUAAACCGGAAGCUUCUUAUUAAAUUAUGUUGAAAACUUGAACCGCCUGCCUGUUAUAUAUUUCUUUCUUUCCUUAAUUGGUGAGUUUCAAAUACACUAUUUUAAAUAACUUUUGAUGGGAACCUUUAGGUUGUUUGCAACCAUCUGUUUUUAUACAUUUUGUAGAAUUUCUCUGAGGAGAACAGAAGCUUAAAUGUUCUUUUUCUGUGUUCCGCUGGAAAAGUCGUAACUUUGUGAUACAGAGAGCAGGGAUGGGGAGAAACUCAAUUCCAAUUCCACUUAAAAGCCAAACCUCCCUAAUUCUGUCUUCCGGAAACAACACGCAAAACUAAAUGCAGCCGUUCUUCAAAAUUCACUCUUUAAAUUUUGCAAUGCAAUUCUCCAAUCAAGCAAUGUACAGUGGUACCUCUGGUUACGAACUUAAUUCGUUCCAGAGGUCCAUUCUUAAUCUGAAAUCAUUCUUAACCUGAGGUACCACUUUAGCUAAUGGGGCCUCCCGCUACUGCCGUGCCGCUAUCGUGCGAUUUCUGUUCUCAUCCUGAGGUAAAGUUCUUAACCCAAGGUAAUACUUCUGGGUUAGCGGAGUCUGUAACCCGAAGUGUUUGUAACCCAAGGUACCACUGUAUACAAAAAAAUGUAUAGGUUACUGAAAAUAGCAUACAGAAUGCAUUGAAUUGGCAAAAAAAUGUGUUUGGCAUACGGGAAAAGUGUAUUAGGAGAUAAUUUGCACUCAAAUGCUGACAAAUUUUCAUGAGGACUUUUGGGGGGAGGAUCCACAAUGAUGUGGAAAUCUGGAGAACUGAACAUACGACUGGAAAAAUGAGAAACUGGUGGCUCAUCCACUUUCUCUCGUCCUGCUUCUUCCCCCCAGGAAAAACUGCUCUUUAGCACUCAGUUGGAGCAAACAGCAAUUUGGGGUUUCUGUGGAUUUACAUUUGUUCCGAUUCAUCCCUAAAGAGUGGGUUUUCCCUGGGAAAAGAGUGGGGCAAGGGGGAAUCCGCUCAGACCCAUGCCUAGAAAGAAACACAAGGCAAACAGGAAACCAUGGACCCAUGCUUUCUAGGCAUAAGACCAGUGGAAGAGUAGAUGAGCCCCGAGAGAAACCGAACUUGGCAGAUUGGCCCAUCACUAAUGGAGACUCAGACUUGUCCAUUACAUGAGUCACUUGUAUCAUCUCACAGGCUAAAUUGAGAGAAUGGGCAGUCAUGGUUAACAUCCUCUCUCACUCCCUGGCAUGACAAAGUAGACUAGAACUGCCCGUUAGCAGCCCCUCAGUAGGACUGUACCAUCUUCCCUUUUAUCUCUUCGCCAUGCAGGGGAACUUGUGGCCCUCCAGUUGUUGUUGUUGCACUACAACGCUCCUCAGUCUCAAAAUGGGCAUGGAUGACAGGAGUUACAGUCCAGCAUCACAGGCUCCCCAUCCCCGUUGUAACAGUACGGGGGGGGGGGGACGAUGACAGGUGCCAACAGGCUCUUCAAGCAACUCUCUGUCUCCAACAUUCCCACUGGUGAGCCCUCUGAAGUCUGGGCAAUCAUAUGAUGGGGACUGCUAUACACAGGUAGGAACUUCCACAUGGCCAUACUCAGUGAGCACAUGGGGUUGGGUUUCUCUGAAGAGGGCCAAGGUGUCACUGCACUGGGAGUUUCUCUUUCCCCACAAGCCAAUAAUGUGGAGCAGGAGUGGGGGCUAUUGCAACACCAUCAUACCAUACAUAAUGUAGUUUGGGGCAUUAACAGUCAUUUUACCAAGCAGAGUGUGUGGCUCAAAGGCAGCAGCAACUGGGGAUCGACUCACCAUGCACGUUACAUAGGGAGAUGCAUUAUCCAGAGUCAGGCCAUUGGUCCAUUUAGCGCAGUGCUGUCUAACCUGACUGGCAGCAGCUCUCCAAGAUUUCAGACCUGCCUCUCCCAACAUUACCUGAAGAUGCCAGGGAUUGAAGCUGGAACCUUCUGGGUGCAAAGGAGCUGCUCAGCCACAAAACUACCACCCUU